UCUAUUAGAAUUUCUUUUCUUGUGGUUGUUGUUGUUGAGUACUCAUGGAUUUUAGGAAGGAAGCUAUGUUUUUCGUAUCGAUAACGGUUGUUUUUAGUUUCUUUAUGGCCACUCUCGCUGGCGCUAGCGUGUAUAAAGUUGGUGAUGAUGCUGGUUGGACGAUCGGUAGUGCCAAUGUUGACUACCAUACAUGGGUUGCUAAGAAAAAAUUUCGGGUUGGUGACAUUCUCGUAUUUGAGUACAAUCGAACAGAAAACAACGUACUACGUGUGGACCUCCCUGAUUAUCAUAAGUGUAACGCCGCAAAUCCCAUCAGGACUUACUCUUCUGGCAACGACUCUAUCACCAUCAUGGGUCCGGGCCACUACUACUAUAUUUGCGGUUUCCCGGGCCAUUGCCAGACCGGUCAGAAGAUUGAUGUUAGGGUCCUUAAAGUUUCUAGGCCCAUUGAUAUUCCAACUGGAAGCCCAAGUCCAGCUCCUGCAGCAGCCUCAUCUACUACUAAUGUCCAUGUAAUUGCACCUAGCCCAGCCAAAAAGAGCAGUGCACCCUCAUUGUUCAUAACUAACGGGCUUGGUCUUGGGCUUUGCCUCACUCUGUUCAUGAUUAUUAUUAGUGCAGAUUAUGUACUUUAAUUGUACUAGGGGCUAACCCAAUGUUGUAGGGUAUUAAUUAAUGUUAAUGGACAAGAGAAUUUUGGGGA